CCGGGAAGGCGAUGGCGGCGCACGCCGCCCGCUCCGCGCUGCGCCGCGGCGGCUGCUGCUGCUGCCGCUGCUCUCCCCGCCGUCUCCUCCCUCUCCUCCUCGUCUCCUCGCCCGGGUCGCGCUGCCCUCGUCUGCCCAGACCGGGCUUCUCGGUGCCUUCGAGGAGCAUCACAUCAGCUGACAAGGACCUCGCCAGUGCCGUCAUGUCCAAGACCAAGAAAGCGAACACCAGAUAUGAGGAUUUCCUGCUCCGCAAUUUCCCCAACUUCUACAAACUCUAUUCCACCUUCAUGAGAGGUUUCCGUUUGCUGAUGGUGGAUGCAAAAGAAGUGUUUUUAAUCAAGAGGAAGUUGAUUUCCCAAGGAUUUGGUUAUGAAAACCUCACCUACAGAGAUAUGGACAAACUCAGAGAGUUCCGCAGGGACAUCAUCAAGGCGAUUCCUCUCGUGCUGCUGUCCAUUCCUCCGUUCGCCAAUUACGCGGUGUUUGCGCUCAUGUACAUCUACCCGAGGCAGUUCCUGAUCCGCCAGUUCUGGAGCGAGCAGCAGGAGCGGGAGUUCCUGCAGGUUUACCACGGCCUCCGUGCUGCUUCGUACGCGCACGUCAUCCCGUUACUGCUCACCCAGGCCCAGGAGCUGCCCGACACCUACAAGCAGAGGACGCUGCUCGAGAUCUGCCACAAGGUGCAGACCAACGGGCAGCCCAGCGUGAACGAACUCCGGUCGGUGCAGGCCCUCUUCUCUGAGCCUCCCCUAGACAUUUGGAGUUUAAAGGCAAAUCAGCUGAGGACCCUGAGCCGCGUCAUGGCGCUCACCGCGCGCGUGCCGGCGCCGUGGCUCCGCCGCCGCCUUCUCUCUCAUGCCACGGAAAUCGGCCACCUGGACCGCGCACUCCUUCGGAUGGGGCCGCAGCAGCUGACGGACGACGAGGUCAGGAAGGCCUGCUACGUUAGGGGCCUCAACCCGUACACCCUGGGGAUCCAGGCGUGCAGGCAGUGGCUUCAGGAGUGGCUGCUGCUGUCGGCGUCGCUGUCAGAUUCUGAAGUAUCCUUGCGUAUUUUCGCCACGGUGCUGCUUUCGGAGAACUAUCGACGGCACAGCAUCAGCUACUGGAGCAUUCCGGUGGACCCACCAGCACGGAGAGGGCAGGCAUAAACGCCGUGACUGACGCUUCUUCUCACAGCAUUUCAUCAACUCCAUCGCGGUAACUCCCUCGCACCCCGAAGACUCAGGAGUUGACGCUCAGGUUUGCCUCGCCUGAAGAUUUCGUGAAGGAAGGGGCGGUGUAAGACAACACACCUGCAUUGUCGCGAAUUAGCCGCAAAAACAAUUCUUUAUGAAGAGAUCUUUAUAGAAAUGUGACAUUUCUGCUGCCUGCUUAAACAUUGCAGGAGCAAAUAACCUGCGCUUUAUUAAAGAAGGAUAUAUUCCAGAUGCAAAUUAAACUGUGAUUCAUAAUGAAAUAACUUCAACAUAUGUACAUGAGUACAAUUCAAUUUCAUUUAGUCAAACGAAACUAAAACUAUGUUUUUUAUUUUACCAGGUAAGACCUGGCUAUCACAAAUGAUAGCCCAACGAAGCGGCUUAUCACGUGGACAUUUAUAGCGGCCAAUUACUCUUAAACGCAUGUUUACAAAUGUGGAGGGAAAAACCGGAGGACCCGGAGAAAAAUCCAUGUAACUACGGGGAGAACAUGCAAAUUCCAAAUAUGCAGGCAUCAUGGUCGGGAUCAAACCCAAGACCCCCUGUAUACUAGGUGAGGCAGUUAACAUCUCGCCAAUGCGGUGCCCUUGUAAGGGCACUGUGGUGGCUCCCGGUAUUUAACUGGGUGGUGGUGGCUAUGCACGUGGCUGCCUGUAAUCCAGCACUGUGGAGGCAGCAGCCAGGGUCGGUGGAUCACCACACAGAUUUUGUGAAACCCCCUUCCCAUGGGUGUCGAGGUGGAACCAUACUGUGGCUCGCCAGGAGAACGCGGUACAGCAAAGUGUGGACUAAAUCUCCAUCUGUUCACAUUUGUACGGGGGAUAGAGCGUUGCCCUUCCCCUCGCAGGUAUCACGACACAAACACAUAGAGGUCACCACACACACACACACCGCUGAUCACCACACACACAGAGCUUUCUCCGGGUGGUUUGGUUUUCUCUCACAUGUAAACACUCAUUAAACGGCUGAAAACAUCUUAAAAUAAAAAUCCAAUGGAGGCAGAUCCUCCUGAAAAUAAUUAAAGAUUAUGGUUAAUGGUUCACAGUUUUAUUUGAAUCAUGAUGGAUGAUGCUUUAAUUAGUUAAUUUGACUCAAAAGGUUGAGAGUUCAUAUUCCGUUUGCUAGGAGGGAUCUACAUCGUUCAUAAUCACUGCGCUAGAUUCAAACAAAUGAAGUGAAUUGUGGUUGUCUUGUGGAUAUACCUGGGUCUGCCAUGGAAUUUGCACUAAAGGGUCAAUGAUGGUCAUCACUAAAUGAGUGCAGCCCCAUUGCUUGUUAGAGCGGGGAGACAAUUUGACUCUUGACACUUCGUGUACAAAUGGAAACCGCCUGUUAUUAGUGGGUUGUUUUAGUUCUACUUCUUCCAGGGGAACAAAACACAAUGGCAAUAUUCCCAUCAUUUGACAAACAUGGAGAUUACAGUUGUGGACACAAGUGGAUCGCCAAGGCUAACAUGCCUGUCAUUAGCCAGACAAAUAAAGUUAAAUAGUUCACCUGCUGAAAAGCAAGAAAUGUAAUGGCACUCAUAUCUCUUACUGCUAGUACCCCCUGAGCCAGUAGUGGAAUUUCCACAUUCAUAUGGCAGGGACCUGUUUGUCCACAAGGUCGACUAACGUUAAGACGGAGGAGAUUUGCACACAAGCAGAAGUGCACACUCUGCACGCUGCCUAGAGCGUGGAGUUUGCAGACGGAGUCCAGUGUCGCGCAGCAGCGAGCGCUCAUUUCCCACAAUGCCCAAUGGCGGCGGCUGCUGCGCCGCUCUGAAGCCGGCAGAUCCGUUCACCCGUUCGCCUGAGCGCUCGUGCAACCUCCGCAAUUUAACGGCUCGCAUUUCUCUGUCGUGGAAAAUCCAUUUAUAAUGCGAGCACGCGUGUGACGGUGAUCGUAAACACGGAUAAAGCUGUACGUGGGGGUGUGUGUAUGCGUGCAUAGGGGAUCGUUCAAUACAGCUGGAAGCUCUCUGUCGUGUUUACAGGUUUGGAGGCCUGUACGGCACAACCGUGAAAACCUACGCAGUCGUUGCGUAGCUGAUUAUCAGCUCUGUGCGAUAGAUACCACACUGCCUGUAGCGUUGUAAUGUGGCCAGUCGGCGAUGGUUUUUGUGAUGGUUUUGUCGUACAGCCACUGACAGGGUGAUGCGUUGUUGCUCAAACCGUACACCAUUUCCCAAGUGUUCGUUUCACCUUUGACCUUUCACCACUUGCGUCUGGUGAGAUUCACCACUGAUCCCUCUUAAAUAGCGAUUUUUGCUCGAAUUUGGGGCAAAACCUCAACUUUUUCAAGAGCUGCAAUGAAAUGUGAAUACUACAUGGUGGUCCUUAAUAAAAUAAGCCUCGGACAGGACGCUUUGUGCUGGCGGCUGCUACCCUGUGCCAGCAGAGGAAAUCCCACACACACCUAUGGUGGGGACCAGUGUCUGCGUGUGCUGACCACUGUGGAACGGUUAGCGCGCUGCACUGCAAACCGGCGAACUCGAGUUUCAUUCUCGCUCAUGGUCAACACCAGUGACGAUUGUCUGAACCGGUCCUGGGCCUUCCCUAGGUCGACGCAGUCUCAAAUGAGUACCUGGCGCGGUGUGUAAAUGUAUCCACUCGGGAGACAAAGGCGGCCGGGUGUGGUGCCUGCCACCCACCCCCUUGUGUGCUGUGCUGGCCUUCAUAGGUGCUCGCUAACAGCAUUUGCCCCAACAGUCUGUUCAGGCUAUAUGGGUGAUCUUUGUCUUUGCGCUUCCCACAAAGUGGUAUUCAUUUUACAAGCCCCAAGGGAUGAUGGGCAAAAUUGACUGAACCAUGACCGGGAUUUGAAUUUGCAACUCUUCACGAUUGCGAGUCAUGUGCUCUAACCGGACGCGCAUUCAGCAGACGCAGUAAAUUAGAGUGGAAAUAACAAAAAAUACAUGUAAAGAGUUAAUUUGCAAGACAAAUGCAUAUUUAAAAUUAUACUGCUAAAAUAUUUUGUAACGAAUCGCAUCGGUAACAUUGUAUUUAAGAAAAUACUUAAUGUAGUAGCAAAGGCCUUUGAAUGACUUUCAUCCGAGUCAUGAAUGCUUGACUUUUCAUGCAAAUUCCUUUAAUAGUCGCUUUGCCGUGCGUUGACAGGGAGCCUUGCGCUCCCAACGCCUUUCUCUGUCUGACCCUACAGCCAUAAUACUUCCUCACGUAUCAUUCCAUCAGCAGCCAUGGCCAGCAGCCAGGCUUAUGAUGCUGCGCUUUAGAAACGGACCUGAUGGUGCAAUCCUACCGAUUACACCAUCACUUGCUCAGUAAUAUACUGAGAAAGUGAUGGUGCAAUCCUACCGAUUACACCAUCACUUGCUCAGUAAUAUACUGAGAAAGUGAUGGUGCAAUCGGUAAUGUACUGAGCGACCGUUUAAGCUGUUGGCACGCACGCCUCGUGUGCUUGUACGAAUCGAACGGCCUUGUUUAGGGCAUUGCCAGACAUGGAAGGUUGCUGCUACCUGUAAAAACUAGGCUGUGUGGACACAUUCAGCCUAUUAAAGGAAAACGCAACCUGCCAAGAGGUUAAUUGGGUGCCGUUUUAUUUUUAUUCCGAAUUUAUUUUUUACAAAGCAUGGCAAUGUGGCAUUUUAACUCUGCGUCUGCAAAAACACAACCACUGGUAAUUCACCUGUGGCACACGGGCUCCUGGCUACAGGGCAACGUAUCACAAUUACAGGUUUCAGAUUCCCCUUCCUUGUGUUGGGUUCCGUUUAUUUGGGGCGGCUCGCAAGCGUGCACCCACGGCGUCGUGUAUUGUAACCGGGGUCCACGGGGCUGUCUGCUUGUGAGUGGAAGUGCGGGGACUCGAGCAGUGUGGCUGCGGAUUAGCAUUGAGGCUGCCACGGAUGCUUCACUGUGCAGCUAUGCGGUGCAGCUAUUGUGCACAAAUGAGUCUAGGGCAGGGGUCGGCUACCACAUUUAGAGAAGAGCUAUUUUUGUUCGAAUUCGGUAAAAAAAACUAUUUCAAGAGCCGCAAUGCAUGUGAAUAUUAGACGGUGGUCCUUAAUAAACAACGUCACAAAGCGGUCCUUUAAAGAGCCGCAUGCGGCUCUGGAGCUGCAAAUUGCCGACCCCUGGUCUCGGGCAAGCGUGGCGCUCUCACUGAUUUGCCUAUGACUACUAAAUCGCCAUGAAUAUGCCUAACCUCGUCUGAUAUCAGGAUCUUAAGCACAGUGGAGCCUGCUUGAUACCUGGAUGGGAGACGUACCUUGCAAUACAAAGUUGGUAUCAUAAGCUCGGGCUGUGCGGUGGCUAGGAGAUGGCAGUACAGCGGCAGAUUCUUGAAUCGGUCGGUGCGGAGACUUUGAGUGUUACCCCCUUGUAUGCAUAGUUCUGCAGUUUCCUCCCACACAAAGUCAAACAGAAUUAGCCAAACAUCUUCAUGCAUCACUCUGCAGAAGAGGAAUAAUCUUGAGACUCACCCAAGUCUUUCCUGGGUAAGUAAAACUUUAUACCUAAACUGCGAAAUGGACUUUUGACUGAAAGUUGCAAUUUCACACAAGACAAUAUCUUCUCUCACUGGUGAAUAAUAUAAUAACGGGAGCUUGUAAUGCGCCCAUUAUUCGCUCGCUCUCGUAGAGAGUGGAUGACUCAGGGAUUCGAGGAGGAACCACGGGGAAGGCAGCCAACCUCUGCGGUCCUCUACAUAUUAAGAUGUUAUUGGCCAAACAAUGCGCAGUUACAUGUGGGAGGAAACCGGAGCAACGGGGAAACAACCCACGCGUGCAAGGCGGCAACACUAAGACAGAACAGGUGGGAGUCCACAUUUUCGCUGUACCUUUACUUCUCCUGGCGAGCCAGGGUAUUGCACCUCGACGCCUAUGGGUAGAGAGGUUCCCAACAUCUGUGUGCGAUCCACCAACCCUCGCUGCCUCCACAGUGUUGGAUUACAGGCCACGUGCGUAGCCACUAUCGCCCGGCUACUGCUGAACUAAUGUUGAACGGCCAUUGAAGCACAACGUAGAUCAGGGCUAAAGAAUGAAAUAUGUGGCCCGCGGGCUGUAUCAGGCACAUGACUUUACUUCAUGCAGCCCGGGGCCACAUGGGAACUGCCUUUUAUAAACAACCCGCUAAUUAGCUUCAAAGGUCGCUGCAAGCGUCGCACGAGAUGGGAAUGCUUUUGACUUGCCAACGCUGUGUUUUUAAUUCUAGUGCGCUCACGUCCCCCCUACGAAUGCAAGAGGUCCUUGCAGUGGUGGGUGAGGGAGGGCGGUGCGGCAGUGAUUACGGAAAUGCGCCAUGACCCCGGCAACCCGAGUUGGACUCACGCUCAAGAUCAAUAACAGUGGCUAAUGUUUGAACCGCUUCUAGGCCUUGCUUAGGUUGACACGACCUUAAAAUGAGUACAUGGUGUGGUGUGUAAACAUCACCACUGGGGAGAGAAAGGCGGCCGCGUGUGCUUUUGGCCACCAACCCCAUCACAUCAUGUGCCGUGCCGACCUUUAUCGGUGCUCCGCUAACAGCACUCGCCCCAUCAGUUUGUUGAAGGCUAUACGGGGGAGCUUUAUCUUUGUAAUUUGAAGUUGCAGUUCAGCCCCCAGGAACUAAUAGGUUCCUCCACCAAUGGUGCUGGCCUAGCUGUUGAGCUGCUACAUCGCACCUGCUUGUUUUUGUUUGUUGAAGUUCCUUCCUGGAAUAGGAUAAAGGUGCAACGUUACGGUCAGUGCUGUGUGCUUACAGGGCAUCGGGUUGCUUGCACAUUUUGGGUAGUUUCUUAAACGUGCAAGAGUAUGCGAUGUUGGGUUAAGUUGAUGAGCGUUUGCUUGAGUUGAAAUCAUCUCGUUUUAUUUAUCACCACUCACAUCACAGACCACACCCGCACUUUUACCUAUUUCCCUGCAGCACAGUUGUGUUUCUCUAAGGUUAUAGACAAUGUUCAUUGCAUCACAAGCUAUACUAACAAAGUUUAUCUAUAUGUUAGUGAUAUAUACUCAUUGGUUCUUUCGGUAAAGUCAUGUAGGUGAAAAAAAUUGAAAAAGAAUAAAAAAAUAGAAAUAACAAAAUUAUUCUUAUUUUUUAUUUUUUUCACCUACGUGACUUUACCGAAAGAACCAAAGAGUAUGGAUCCUUGCAGUCACGAAAACUUCAAAUCUAGAAUAGUGAUUUCUAGUUUCACAGCGACAUUUCAGAGGCAUCGAUUUUUUACUUUCAUUUAAAUUGCAACAUUUUAGGUGUUUUUGCCUGAAUUUUUUUUUAUCAAAGUGUUUUGUUUCCGAAUUGUAACGCUGGACAUCGAUUCAUUGUUCCCGAGUUUUUUUGUGCCUGAUAAUUGCACCUUUUGAGCAUAUCUAGAUUCCAAUUCACGACGUCCAUGUCACCCAGAUGACGGUGUCAGUUGUAUGUACUUAUGUUGAAGUUAUUUCGCACCGUACGUAGCCAACCAUGCUAAUAGGAGGUGCGGGGGGAAGGACAACAAACUAAACACAAAAAGUAGUUCUAAAGAAACGAGUUUUCAAUCUAUAUUUAAAAGUGCAUAGCUCCAGUGGCUUCCUAAUAUAGGAAGGAAAGAGCGUUCCAGACGGCCGCAGAAUUGCAUCUGAAAGUGCGCGAUGCAGUGACCAUCUUUGUUCGAUGGCUAGCCAAAAGCCGCUGCUGUGAGGAUGACCGGAGUUUUGCGUAAUGCUUUAUGCUCAUUGACGAUAUCAGCAAGGUAUUGUGGUUCAUUUGUGUUUUUACUGUGAAACAAAAACAGGUGACGGGUCACGCCACCGCGAGGUUACCGUCUCCUGCCCAACUUCAACAUAUAGGCACUUGUCUCCCGAUCAUGUUGCUGUACGAUAGAAUACAAUUGCACCUUCUGAAGGGGGGAGCACAUGUGUAACUUGAGAUCCUAUUGUGCUCACAAUCAUUUGAGAUCCCCCCCCCCCGUUCGUGAUAUUUGAUCGCUCCAUUCACAGAAACCGACAGCUUGGUGGUACCAUGCUCGGCGCUCCGCAACCUCGGAUCCCGGUCGCUAAACGAUUCGGCCUAUCAUCAGUCGUCCUCUUGUGUACGAGUGAUAAAAAUGAGUCGUGCUUUGUGGGAAGCCAACAGUCGUUUGCUCGCAGAGCAGUUAACCGCUUUUCAGUUGUGCGCCUUUUGGCGUCAUCUGGUCCAACAACACCAUGUGAGACUAGGCUCUAAGAAAAGCUGUCUCGGGUGUGGACCAAACAAUUUCAAGGACAGUGCAUACAUUUUCAGAGUUGUCUUUUUGUUUGCAUUUUGACCGCAAGUGUUGUGGUUAAUGCAAACAUGAUCCCUUGUAUAAAGGUGUCAGUUUUUCUGCCAGAUAAAAGGGUAAAAACCUAUUACUACAGUUAACCGCUGUCAUGUGAAUGUGGAAUUUCCACUGCCAGCUUAAGUCUGAUGCUCGUUCGAGCGUGGAGAUGUGCGGUACAUAAAGGGGGAUGGGGGGGGGCACCACACACCAUGCACGCAUGGCCCCAUUUGUCUUCCCAGUGGGGUUCGUUGAGCAACGAGACACCACAUUCUAAUUUCAGGCCGAGUCUACCUAGGAGAAAGCCAAGCCAUAUUUAUAUGCUACUGGUGCAAAUGUCCACAAAUUGAACCCAAGUUUUUGGGUUCCGAGGACAAACCUCUCCACCACCACUCCCCUGCAGUUAUGUGUGAACGCGUGUAAUCCCUUGGAUCAUCGUGGCAAAAGUGUUGCUUGCGAGCCCCUACUAAGAAGGCCUUCAGUGCACACGAGGUAGUGGGGUAGCCAGAACUAUUGCUGCCCGCCUUUGUCUUCCCGUUCCUGAUCUUAGCACAAUGUGGGUUGUACCCGUUUAAGGCUCGGUUGAUCUAUAGAAGGCUCACAGAGGGUCAGAUAUCACGUGCAAUUGAUGCGUAUCAUGCCUGGUAAUUGAACGCCGGUUUGCCACGAUCGUAGCACAGUGCACCAACUACUGUGCUAUUGAGUUUGAUUCCCGGCUACAACCACCAUCAUUGGCGAAUGGAAGCUGAACUGCUCCUGGACUUCCCCUAGGAGACAAAGACGGCCAGGCAUAGUACUGGCUACACCAACUUAUUGUGCUCCGUGACAGCUUUAAUAGGUGCUCCCAAAGCAGCACUUGUAUGGGGAGAUCUUUGACCGUACGUCGGUAUCUUUGUAUGUAUUGGUCAGCCAUUUCAGUAAGCCUGGGCCUUCCACAAAGUGAACCUAACCUGGCACAAGUCCUGCGGUGACUUCACCACUUGGUGGUGAAUGACAGCUGUUGUGUGUUUUUAAUUGUUAUUGGUGUCUAUGUGCGUGUGCCCUGUUAAGGCCGGAGCAGCACAGGAGGAGGGGUGUAGUACGGCCAACACCAUGACCAGAUGCACAAACACACCCGUAUGGGGGUGUGGGGAGGUUAUAGUGCCCUUUCUGCCAAAAGAUCAUGGAUUUCUAUCUUGGUGCUGUUAUGUUUUAUUCCUGCAGUGCAUUAUGAGAGUUUAUCCUAGUUUAAAAUACCCGUAAUUUGGUUGACAAUGUCUUGACUAAGGAAUGUAAGCACUUGGAGUGGCAUAACAAAAAAUAUAUGUGCUGUGUGUGCCUGUCGAAUAACCCAAACGUGCGUUGUCGUUGCUGCAUUGUAAUUUAUGUGUCCGAUACUUGACCUGAAUUUUGCAUUGUUUUAUAUAAUGUACUGCGAAAGCCUACUGAACAUGUGUCGUGGAUUAUUUGAACAAAUCUCCGUCGAAAUUCGGUGCCCAUUUGCUCAAUCGCAUGUUGGGCGGCCUUCACUUGGAUUGACGGUCCUGAGCCAAGUGGUGGUAAUUCCAUAUUGUCAUGGCAAGGACCAGUCUCGCCGUUGAAAGGCAAGUGCUCUAACCACGGUGACACUAGGGCGGCUUGUUGUUGUACAGGGUUACCCUGGUUGACGUCAUUCUACUGGGGUUGUACGACAUCGUGAUUUGCUGGUUUAUCCCAUGAAAUUAUAUUUUAAAGAAAAACAUUUCUGACAAUACGAAAGAAUCAUUAAAUGCUUAAAAAAUCUAAAGCUGUUACCCAUGAAAUUAGUUGCUUGCAAAACUUUUGUAGAGUAAUUGACAGCGCAGUGUUAUACUUUCCCUACGUAAUUUCAUUCUUAAUGUUUUGCAUAACUUUACAGUUUUAAGCAUUUUAUUUUUAAACUUACAAUGAUUCAAAAGCGUAUGGGCAGGGCUUAUGUUGAGCAAGCUGCAGCUCAAGAACUUCAUAAGGAAUCUUUAUUCGGACCGGAGGUACAGCAAAGCACAAGAACGCUAAACAGUAACAAUGAGAAAUACAAUUUUCAGAGUAAUAGGAAACCGAUAAUCGUUAUAGUUGCAAAAAUUUCGAUCGUUUCGUGAAAGUGAUAUCGUGACAACCCUAGCUUUUUGGUGUAUUGAGCACUCGUUUUUAUUAUUUCCCCGAGUCGGUCAUUUCGUAGCAACUCGUUUUAACCAUGUGUUUAAUUCACGCCAGGGGGUGUUAAACGCGGGCCACACAUGGUCCCCCAAGCCCCUUCCUCCAGGCUGCCACGUGUUAAAAUUUGUAUGACUUAUCCAUAUAUACAUAUAUUUUUAAUCAUUCAACCUAAAUUCAACCCGAAUUCAAACCAGACAUUGAAACGGGGGGAUUUGGCGUGGCCCUGCUGCCAAUAACAUACAUCAACUCCCCUUUUCCCACGCUUGAAAGCAGUAAAUAAAUACCGUAUAAUUAUGCUAUUAAUUUUCAUAGGCCCAGCUGUGUGGCCCGCGGGAGGUGCGCUUGAAUCCAAUUCGUGUUUGACACCCCCUGGCUUACGCCUUGACGCCAGCUAAGCGUAACGAAGGCAGCUCUCGUUCCACUUGGCUCUCGACGGACGUUCCCGCGCAUCGCGUCGGCAAAUUUCACGCACGCGACCGACUUGUACGAAACCUCCCUCAUGCACACUUUUUGUCAAUGGAACGCAUGCCACUUAUAAUUUAUUAAUCUUCCGCGUGAUCAUUAUAUUAUAUUGUAAGUAGGCAGAAAUUAUAUUAGAAAUAAAGGUGCCUGGCGGAAAAUGGAA